UACGACGACUGACGAUACGAUUGGACGCAGUCAUGCGUGGUCAUACGAUCGAGUUCGUCGAUCGAAGAACUGUCAUUAUCAGGUUAAAUUGUAUUCGUGCUGAUUCGUGCGAUCUGGAGAUCUGUGAGUCCACGAAGAAGCUUUUAAAGCAGCUCAGUUGGUUCCUAUCAAUCUCGAGCUCGUGGUUCAACAUGUCGAACCCAUCAGAGCGAGUCAAUUAUAUGCAAGACAGCAGCAGCGAUACAGAGACUGAUUACAAAGAGACUGAUGGAAGAGGAAGGCAUCGUUUGUACAAAAAUAGACUGAGUUGUGGUGGCUCGUCGAAGCCGAAAUCUUGUCUGGUACAGAGGGACGGCAGCAUCGAUCGGCAUUGUCAUUCUUUCAAUUCCGGCAGAAAUUCGCAGAGCACAAAUCUCACAAAUCAGUAUAACAGGAUUCGCACGAACAUUGGCAUCACCAAACAGGCUCAGAGUCAGAAUCAAAGCAGCAGCAGGGACAACAUAUCGGGAGGAUCGGCAAUAUUAGGAUCUACUACCGGAGUCAGCAAUCAACCAGCCAGCGACGAAAGAAUCACUCUCAUUGUCGAUAACACUAGAUUAAAAAUUGUCGUCUUGCUGGAGGAUGACGUAGUCGAUUGGGACGAAGAAUAUCCUCCCCAAAUGGGUGAAGAAUAUUCCCAAACUGUCAACAGUACGGCAAUGUAUCGUUUCUUCAAGUAUAUCGAGAAUCGAGACGUGGCCAAGCAAGUGAUGAAAGAACGCGGUUUGAAAAAAAUUCGCCUAGGCAUUGAGGGCUACCCAACCUAUAAAGAGAAAGUAAAGAAACGCGCCGGUGGUCGCGCCGAGGUCAUUUACAACUACGUUCAGCGACCCUUUAUCCAUAUGUCAUGGGAGAAGGAAGAGGCCAAGAGCCGUCAUGUUGACUUUCAAUGUGUUAAAUCCAAAUCAGUGACAAACCUCGCUGAAGCCACGGCUGAUCCUGUUUUGGAUGCCGCUGGAAAUCCUAUGCUUCUUCAAGUUGCUGAAGGACCAGUUCCUCAACCAGAAGUGGUUGGACUUCCUAUGGGUUCAGAUGUUGAUGUGGAUGGACCCAUGGGAUCUGGCGAUCAAGACUUGGGCCCGCUACCAUCUGAUGAAUUACCGUGAAAAGUGGAAAUAAACUAAAGUAAGAUUUAGGGAUUCUAAAGAAGAUUCUGAGGAAAUCCUAUUAAAAAGCUUUUGAAGAGAAUCUUGAAGAACAUAUAAAAAAGCUUUGAAGAAGAUUUUGAAAAUGGUCGAGGAGAGACCUCCAAAGAAGAUAUUGAAAAGAUGCUUACGGAAGACCAUGAAGAUGAUUUUGAAAAGAAGGUUGAAGAGGAAUUUGACAAGAAUUCUUGAAGAGGAUUAUGUAUGUUUAACUCUGCCAACUUUGAAGACUCUGCAAUGCAUUAAAUAUCGAAGAAUCAGAUACAUUGAACUUUAAAAAUUGGAGUGCAUUGGAUUCUGAAGAUUUUGUAAUACAUUGGACUUUGAAAACAGGCAUCCUAAAGAUUUUGCAAGAUGUCUUGUCCUGAAACUUGAAGAAGAAGGAAUAAAUCAUUUAUUUAUGAGGUAAUUUUUAUAUUUUUGAUUACAGAUAAUAUAAUUUCGUAUAAAGAAAAUUAUUUAAAUUAAAAGAGGAAAUAAACUUGAUUGUUCUAAUCUGCGUGGACAAGAUUCAAUUUUUUUUAUUUUAUUAAUAAUUAAACUUUUUUUAUUAUUUUUAAGUCUUUGGUACACGUGAUCUCUAUACAUGACCCUACGGUUGAAAAAAUUGAUUAAUAUCGAAAAAGUUAGCAUACAUUGCAAUCUUCAUGAUUCAAUGUAUUGCUUUUACUUUAAGAUUUUUCUUCGAGAUCAGUACGAUCCUAGAAAAAAGAUUUACCGUUAUAGAAAGAAGAAAUAUUUGUAAUUGAUGAUAAUAAUAUGGAUAUAAUCGUUUUCUUUCUUUUUUUACUAUAUGUGGCUUUUCGGCAUAUAUUGUAUAUGACCACGUUUAAAAAAAGACUCAUUAAGAUUAAAGAUAGAUUUCUUCGUCUAGCGCCUCUCUUGUGAUAUAGCUCUUCUAGAUUAUGUUUAAUCACAUUAAUUAGAAGGUGCAGACUGCUGUUGUUCUCUUUUCCUCUUCCUUGCGAUUUUUGCAAUUUUGUAAAAUAUAAAACGUUUAGAUUUACGAUCUUCUUGUAUUAUGCGAGUACGCUAUAUAUGAUCGAUGUAUUAUUAUCGAAUCUUCUACUACCAACCCGUUUUCACUACCUUUCCCAUUUUAUACCAUUAUAAUAAAGUUGAAUACGAUUUGUCAAUAAAUAAA